AUGGAUACACUUAAUUACACUACAUAUUUCACUCUGGAUGGACAUGUGGAUUUAGAGAAUCACAGAUAUCUUUACUUUAUAAUAACUUUUACAGUGUAUAUAAUGAUUAUUUGCUUUAAUUCUGUUAUAAUUUCUGUUAUCUACAGAAACAAAUGUUUGCAUAAACCCAUGUACAUUUUUAUUGCUGCUUUGCUUAGUAAUGCUCUUUUUGGAGCGACAGCUUUUUAUCCUAAAUUGCUCACUGAUUUAUUGGCUGAAGAACAGAUAAUCUCAUAUAGAGUGUGUUUGUUACAAGCAUUUUUUCUUUAUACAUAUGGUUUGUCAGAGUUUACACUGUUAUCAGCUAUGGCUUAUGACAGAUAUGUGUCCAUCUGUAAACCACUACAGUAUGUUACGGUUAUAAAAAUGUUCACUGUGAAAAUGCUAAUAUUUUUAUCAUGGUUUGUUCCAUGCUGUGAAAUGGGUAUAGCUUUUAUUUUAACAUCUAAACUUCAGCUCUGUAACAAUAAAUUAAACAGAAUAUACUGUAAUUAUUACUCAAUUGUUAAACUAAGCUGUGGAGAAACAUCUUUAAACAAUUUUUUUGGUUUGUUCAUUGUUAGCUUGUCUUCACUUCCACCAGUGAUCUUCAUAGUCUACUCAUAUAUCAGGAUACUAGCUGUGUGUUUUAAGAAUUCUAAAGAUUUUAGAAAAAAAACAUUACAGACCUGUUUACCACAUCUUCUUAUUUUAAUAAUUUAUGCUGUUACUGUAGGUUUUGACAUAUAUAACAACAGAAUUGAAUCAAAACAAAUCCCGCACAUAUUCACCAUGAUCAUAUCUGUUAUCUUUUUAGUCAUUACGCCUAUAGUUAAUCCCAUAAUUUACGGAUUAAAACUGCAAGAAAUUUUUAAUAGUGUCAGGACAAUGAUUUCAUGUCAAAGGAGAGUUUGUGCUUUUAUAUAA